CAGAGCUUUGACUUUAUCUUCAUUUCAACCUGCAAGCAGCACGUUUUAAAGGACAAGGUUAAUGGUGAUCUUGGGGAAUGCUACUGUUGUUGUUUUUCUCUGACUUGAUCUGAACUCGACGAAGAACUUUUUUCUUGCUUUGUCUUCUGAGAAGCAGACACAAUGACGACUAUAAAGCCAAAGCUGAAGGUGCUGAAAAAGCGCCGCUCAAGCCUUUUUGCGACCAUAAAGCGGGAAAUGAGUUUUUCUCAAAGCAUUGAAGAGCAGGAGUGCGAGUUCCCUUUUUCGCAGGACAGCUCGGUGAAACCAUGGACGUCUAUGGACAACCUUGAUGCUCCUGAUGAGAAACAAGAACCAAAAGAAGAACCGAAAAAAGAGGCUCCGAACCAUAGGAAAACAAACAUCGUCAACCUUAACGUGGGUGGAAGGGUGUUUCACAUCCCGAAACAUUUGGUCCUCCGACACCCGAAAACCAGGAUAGGUGUCCUUGCCCUGUGUGAUGAUCCAGUCAAGCGACUGACGCUGUGUGACGAUUACAAUGUUCAGAACGACGAGUUAUUUUUUGACAGGGACCCCAGGUUUUUCCACUACAUUUUCCACUUCUACUGCAGUAAUGUCCUGUGGGUGAUGGAUAGCCUUUGUCCUGUCAGCUUUGAGCAAGAGAUGUCAUUCUGGGGCCUGAAACUGAAGGACACUCCAAGGUGCUGCCGUAUUUUGUUUGAGGAGAAGGUGGACGACAUCCGAGACCAACUCAAGGUCAACCAGGAGCUUAUUGAUGAGAUUAAGCCUCACCAGGACGAAGUAGGUUACAAGGUCAUGUUUCUUGGAAACUUUCGGAAGGCCCUCUGGGACUUGAUGGAGAAUCCCUACUCCUCGCUUUCAGCCAAAGCGUUCGCUGUGUUUUCCAGCCUCUUUGUACUUAUCUCCAUUGUUGCCAUGACGAUGAACACAGUGAAAGAACUCAGGGAGUACAAGCUCGCCGGCAGAACCUACAUGGAGUGGGUGGAGAUUAGUUCAAUCCUGUUCUUCACGUCCGAGUACUUCUUGCGACUACUCACCACAUCCGACAUCAAACGUUUCGUGAAGAGCGCCCUCAACUUUGUGGACAUCGUGGCUGUCAUGCCGUACUUCCUACAGCUCGUGUUCGAAACGUUUUUUAUAGAUGCAGAGGACAUGAGCGCACAGGAAGAUUUGAAGGCCAUGGCAAGGGUCAGUAAGGUCAGCAAGGUGCUCAAGGUUGUGAAGCUGAUGCGCAUCUUCCGUAUCUUGAAGCUCGCCCGUCACUCCACCGGCAUGAGGGCCUUUGGUUUCACCAUCCGCCAGUGCUCUGAGCAGGUAUGCUGUCUGUUCCUGUUCAUUGCUAUGGGCAUCUUCACCUUCUCUGCUCUGAUGCACUCUGUGGAGGUGGAUCAGCCGGGGACACCAUUCAGCAGCAUUCCAGACGCCUGGUGGUGGGCUGCGGUGAGCAUCUCCACCGUGGGCUACGGAGAUGUGGUCCCCAUCUCCUAUCUUGGCCGCUGUGUGGCGUUUGGCUGCAUCUCGUUCGGCAUCAUCCUCAACGGCAUGCCCAUCUCCAUUCUCUUCAACAAGUUCUCAGACUACUACGCCAAACUGAAGGAGCAGGAAUACACGUUUUCAAACACGGAGCGCACCUUCCAGCUCAAGAAACGUCUGAGGCGCAAGUUUGACAGCUGCUAUGAACCACAGCCAGAGGACUCGGAGGACGAGGUCCACUACCGGCCCUGCGGAAGGCAAGCGACCCAUGAGAGCGAGGACUGAGAGGAGCUGCAGUGUUGCGUACGCUCUAACCCUAAAUGGCCUUAUCAUCCAUGGGUCCGGAAAGUGUGAGACCCCAUCUGCCUCCAACUCUGAAUGGGCGUGAUUUAAGAUAAAGAGUCUAAGCGGAGUAAAUGGAGGCAGCAGCAUUAAAGUUGAGAUAAGCUUUAAGCCUUGACUUAACAGUAGGUUGCUGUUUGCACGCCAUGGGUGACGACUCUGUCGAAUGAGACAUGAUGCGCCCACUGGACAGCUUGUGAUAUGUUUCUAAGAAAAGGAAGUGGCUGAGUUUAAUUCUGACCCGACUGGAAUAGAUGUUUGGCAUAAGGAGGUCAAGCACCAACAUUAUUAAGGAAGCAAUGCUGUACUGAUCACUUCGAAGGGGCAAGAUGCUUGUGAAGAAAUAUUUUUAUUCAAAGUGCUAUUCACGAACUGUUGUGGACAAUGCCUGAUACACACACAGUAUAAUUAUGAUUAGUAGGCUUGUAUAAGGUUCUGGCCAGUAGCUGGACUGGGAGUUACCGUCUCCCACUUUCUGUGAACUAAGGAAAUAUAAGUGUAGCAGCAAAGAAAAUGUCUCGAUCUUCAUGCACCUAGAUGCAAAGCUCCCAUGUGCAAAGUUAUAUGUCUGAAAAGUGUCAUUCCUGAGUCAUUGUUUUCUGUUCGGGCACCUCAGUGUUUACUCGACCGGACCUCAGUGGGAGCAGAGAUGAAGCUGUGGGCGUGUCGAGAGCACGAGUGUAAUUCUGUUGUAAGGGAUUACCAGGAUUUGCACUUGCGCCUCCUGCCUGGUCCGACAGGAACAGAAGCAGAUCAUGUCCGGGGCUAUUUCUAUCCAACGCAUCCAACGUGCUUACAAGUCCCUCUCAUGAAUGACAGCCGAUCCAUUUGUUUCUGAUAUAAGUCUCUCAAGCAAGGAAAUGGAGAUAAGAGACAGUGGGGCUUAUAACUGUCAUUGAGCAUUUAAGUGUGGCACAAUCCCUGCAGGGAGUGAGAAGUGAGCUCCAUGGUGUUGGAUCAGUCAUGGUCUGUCUCUGACUGCUGGUUGUGUUCAGCUCUAUUGCUAUACGUUCAUUAAAGAACCCAUCAUUUACACCUUGUUAUUAAGUUUAUAUAGAUCUCUGAGUUCCUCUCAACAUGUCUCUCAUUUACAUUUAAAAACCAUGAAAAAGUGUAUUUUGCACAUUUGGCCCCUUUAAACGAGUUCCUCAACAGUUCUUUAGGGACUAGACAUAUCUAAAGUGUUAAAGUGUUGUGUUGACCUCUCAAUGCAUCAGGUCAAAGACAUUUUUCCACCCAUAUGAAACAUAAUUAAAAGCAGUUAUGUAUGUUCAAUCAAUGUUUGUACAAAUUACCAAUACAUUACAAAUACUUCUUGUUUUCCUCAAAGUGAUCCAUUUGUACGAUUUCUAUCUACAUUUCCUCUGAUGCAACCGAGUGUCACAGAGUGAAAUCUGUGGAUCAAUUUCACCCUCCUACAUGGAUGGUUGACGGUGAUAAAAGCAGGACAGGACAGGAAAGGAAAUUAAAAGAAGGACAUUUCAUCAUAUAUAUUUUAUUUUAUAGGCAAAUCUUGUAUUAUUUAUGCCAUUUCGUUUUCAGAAUUAAAAUCUGUGUAUUACACUAACUGUAAAUAAUGCUGUAAAAUUUAUUAUUUUUUCUUUAUUGUGCAUAAAAACACACAAAUACAUCACAGUUUGGACAGCAGUUUGAACACAGAUCUGUAUUAUGCAUUUAAAUUUAUACUUCUAAAAAAUGAAUUUCCUUCUGAACAAUAAAACCAA